AUGAUUGGCACCAAAUUUAUCACCACGUUAAUUUAUCAGCUUAAAAGUAUAAAUAGAGAAAAAACACACCACACCAUGUUGUUCACUCUUUUAAUACCUCACAUAAGUGCUGAAGCGGCCCCAUAUGUAAGGACGAUAUCUGAUGCCAUACUUGUUGAGCCUGUGCCGAACCAAUCAUUCGAUAUGGAUCUUCAUGGCAACCCGGACAGAUCAUACUAUGGAACGAUGAAAUGUGACGAUGUGAUGAUGCCAAUUAGUGGUAGCAUGGGUGAUGGAUAUGGGUCUUAUGCACCUGCAGCGGCAUCGUAUGCAGCACCUGCAGCGGCAUCGUAUGCAGCGCCUGCAAUGGCAUCGUAUGCAGCACCUGCAAUGGCAUCAUAUGCACCGACAGGUGGAAGUCACUACGCAGCAGAAAGUAUGCCCGUAGCACAGCCUUUUUUCAUAGCUGAUCAGGGAAUGAGUGGUGCUAUCAUGCAAGGGCAGGGACAAGGACAGGCUGGCGCUGCAACAGGAGGAGCGGGAGGAGCUGCGGCCGGAACUGGCAAGUCAGAAGGUGGCGCGGGCAAAUCAUCCGGAUUGAAGGACGAAAAAUCCGGUGAUAAGAAAGGAAACAGCAAGUCUAGCACAAAGAAGAGCAGCAAAUCGAGCUCAAAAACUAAAUCCAGCAAUGGAGCUGCCUCAAUCAGCAUAAUGUCUGCCUUAUUGGGUGUUGCCUUGUGCGUAAUUCUCGUAUAAAGGUUACAUUAAAGAACAAACAUCAUGUAAGCUUUUUUACUCGCAUUUUUUAUUACAAAAUGACCGUGUCUGCUGCCAAUUAUCGUUAAAUUUGGUAUUUGGAGCAGUUAUUUCCUCUGGUUACUUCUUUGGCAUAAGCGUCAUGAGGUUGGUUUUAGAUUCGGUUGUGGCCAGCAAAAAUACAAAGUUUGUAUUUUCAGCGUUUUUGAAGAAGUUUUAGCUUCAUUUAACAGGAAUUGUCGUUUUGGGAUUCGGAAAAAACUUUGGUCAAUGGUCAUUUGAUCUAAUAACCAAAAAGAUUUAGUUCUUGGAACAAAUGACCAUGGCAACAAUACCUCAUGGAUAAGCAAAAGAUUAAUUUUUGAAGACUGUUUGACAGUGUGAAAUUUAUUUGCAAGCAGUCAACGUGUUUGUUGCUCACAAUAAAUUUUUUUUCAUUUAUCUCUUCAUAUUUGAACAAAAUGCAGUAAGCAGUUUCUAAUAUGCGGCGUGAGAGUCUGAGGUUAAUUAUGAAAUAGCAAAAGAGUAUGUACGGAUAAAAGCGUGAUAAGCAAUCUUGACACGUGAGUUUAAUUAGUUUACCUCUGCCAUCUUGAAAAGUAGUUGUUACUACUUCGGCAAUUAAUGAACUGCAUUAAUUAACAUGUGUAUCAAUGUUCAUGUAUGCCUAUCGCCUGGUUCGACACUGUGUAGUCACUCCAACGUAAAGAGACAAUAUCCAUUCUGCUGAAAUAAUAGGAAGAAAACCGCGUGGCAUCUCCUUCGGAAUUACAAAUGAUUGCCCAAAUAUCGAACAUAAUUUUUCGGCUGAACGUUUACUUGACAAGAACCAUAUCUGUCUGUAAAUUCAGAGAAAAAGAGUUUCACAAGGUUCUUCUGCGAAGAUGUUAUGUAAAUCAUAAUUUGCGCGUUAAAGUUACUAUUGAGGUUGCAGAAGACAUUUAUGUUGUGAUGAAAGUGUGUGAAAUGUUGUGCGGGUUGGCGCACCAAUUUCUUUCAUGACCAGAGGUUAGUGGCCAUGAUUGGUCCCAACGACCAUACAAGUGUGUUUAUUUGAGUGUUGUGAUAUAUGAAGGUAAGAAAACGUACUUUUAGCAAAUAAAUCGUGUCAUUUAUAAUGCUGGUAGAGAUAAU